AUGUCAAAUGAUUGGGACAACGACUGGUCAGAUACCCCUCAGGCGGGGAAACAACAGGGAUUUCAUCAGCAACAGCAGCAGCAUCAGUACCAGUCAUAUGGGGGUUAUUCAGAAAAUCAAGGACAAGGAUACCAUCAACAUCAAUAUCAUGGCCAACCUAUUAUCCCUCAACAACAAAAUUACAACAGUUAUUAUUCCCAACCAAAUUCUAAUGCUGGAUUCGGCUUCAAUGCUCAGUCGUUUAUGGCAGAUCCUAUGAUGCAAGCUGCUCAGCAGUUUGGAGGGCAGUUUGCAGAACAACAAAAAGAAAAGCUGACGAAAUACUUGAGUGCUUUCAACUUGAAGUAUUAUUUCACAGUGGACAAUUCGUAUGUUGGAAAGAAACUUGGAAUCCUACUAUUCCCUUUCGUUCAUUCUGAUUGGUCUUUAAAAUAUGGAGGUGGAGAAGAUCCUGUACCAGCUAAGGAGGAUGUUAAUGCACCAGAUCUAUACAUUCCAUUAAUGGCUUUUAUCACCUAUAUACUUGUAUCAGGCUUUGUCUUAGGAACACAAGGACGCUUUUCACCAGAGAUGUUAGGCAUUCUCACAAGUAAUGCAUUCAUUUGGAUUAUAAUUGAAAACAUCAUAAUUUUUGUCAGCAAGUAUGUACUAAACAUAUCGCAGAGUCUUUCUGUCUGGCAUUCUCUAGCGUACAGCACGUACAAAUUCGUUGGGAUGAUCAUCUGUUUAUUGAUGUUCAUGGCAGGAGGAAAGAGUUCUUACUAUUGCGCACUUGCCUACACUUCCCUCGCCCUUGUUUUUUUCUUGCUUCGUACUGUUAAAAAUUUUAUCUUCGAUUCGCAUCACUUCGGAGGUGAGGAUGGUCGGAAGAGGAAGCUGACGUUAAUUCUAUUCAUUCUUGUAUCCCAGCCCCUCAUAAUGUGGUGGCUUACUAGUGGAGUAACUAGCUUCGAGUACGGAAAAUACAAUUUUGCUCAAAUGGCCAUGGGAAAAAUGGGAAUGGGUGACGUGAAGGCACAGGACAUACCACUGACCGCUGAUGGAGAUGUGGAUUACGAGGCUUUGCUCAAAAUGCCGCAGUAA